GUUCCAGAGCUGGUGAUGCUGCUGGAGUGGUGGUCGGGCACGGACUGCGUCAUCUACACGGACCCCCAGGCCUACCCCAAGUUCGGGAAGGAAAACGCCAUCGUGGUUCUCAACCACAAGUUCGAGAUUGACUUUCUGUGCGGCUGGAGCCUGGCCGAACGCUUUGGGGUCUUGGGGGGUUCCAAGGUCCUGGCCAAGAAGGAGCUGGCCUACGUGCCCAUCAUCGGCUGGAUGUGGCACUUCACAGAGAUGGUCUUCUGCACGCGCAAGUGGGAGCAGGACCGCACCACCGUCUCCCGGAGCCUGCUGCGCCUGCGCGACUACCCGGAGAAGUACUUUUUCCUGAUCCACUGCGAGGGCACGCGCUUCACGGAGAAGAAGCACCGCAUCAGCAUGCAGGUGGCCCAGGCCAAGGGGCUGCCCAGCCUCAAGCACCACCUGCUGCCGCGCACCAAGGGCUUCGCCAUCACCGUGAAGAGCCUGAGAAAUCGGCUGCGGCCAGCUGCAGGCUGCGUCCUAACCCGCUGCGCCACUGGAGAGGGCCGCGGCCCCACUUCCUUUCCUCCUGGCGACCGUCUCCUCGCCCACGCCAUCGAGCUCCCGCCUCACGCCGCAGGGGCAGCACGCGGGCGGCGCCUCACCGCCCACCGUGCCCCGCUUUGCAGGCGGAUUCCCCUAGAGGAGGUGCCGGAAGACGAGGACCAGUGCUCGGCCUGGCUGCACAAGCUGUACCAGCAGAAGGACGCCUUCCAGGAGGAAUACUACAGGACGGGCACCUUCCCGGAGACGCCCAUCGUGCCCCCGCGGCGGCCCUGGACCCUGGCCAAUUGGCUGUUCUGGGCCUCCCUGCUGCUCUACCCCUUCUUCCGCUUCCUCGUCAACAUGAUCAGCAGCGGGUCCUCCCUGACGCUGGCCAGCUUCGUCCUCGUCUUAUUUGUGGCGUCCAUGGGCGUCCGAUGGAUGAUCGGCGUGACGGAAAUAGACAAGGGCUCGGCGUACGGCAACAUGGACAGCAAGCAGACACACGGCGACUGACUGGACACCGGCCCACCCCGUGGUCACCCUUAGGGGGCCCGGCGGCCAAGGCUGCGUGAGCCCCUGUGGGGGCCAGGGAGUCUGGUCGCAGCCCAGCGGGGAAGAGGACGCUCCGAGGCCUCUGUCCCCAUAAGCUUUAGUGAUUUCGCGUCUUUCUUUCCGUGGGAGUGUGCGGGCGUGUGCGGGACGACACGUGCCGAGGACGCUGGGCAGCUGCCUCCGGGGCCGGAGGGCCCUGAGGCUGCAGGGGGCGGGCAGGUUUGGGGACUGCGUUCCCCCCAUCCUUUGGUGCUGAGCUUUCUGGGGCUGAUGCCGGAGCCAGCGGAAGGCGUGUAGGUGAGACGACUAAAUUAUGCCUCCACAA